AUGGGAAUAUUGCGCUUGGGUCCCCUUUACCUAACCAACAACUUCAUCUUCCUGUGUCUGCUCAAACAGUUGUUUUCGCUUUGCUUGAUUAAUAGUUGUGGGAAUGCGUCCUUUGUCCGCUUCCCUUUCCUUGGUUGUGUCUGUAUUACGGGCUGCUUUCUCGAUACUUCUAUUGUUGCGUGGAAGUGCUGCUUUCUUCCUGAUAGUUGUAUCCCCGAAUCCAACUAUGAUUUGCUGAGCUGUUGCAGCUCCUUUCCUUUCUUCUUUGUGGGCGGACUGAGAAGGGCCCGUAUACCGUACGUAUCCCUCCGGUGA